AUGGACAUUGCUCAGACCUCUCCCAAGAGUGUCGCACACACGGAAACCUCCAAGCCAAUUCGGGGUGUGAGUUUCGGCACAAAUCAACCUCCCGAUGCAAUCCGGCAGCUCAUCCGCCGGUGGCUUACUGACGAAGAGGCCAACAAGAUCUUGUCAAGAUUCCAGAAAGCAUGUAUGACCAACCGCCAGGUGCUGUGGAGCGGCAUGUUGCGUGAACACGCCCAACAAUGGGCCGAUGCGCAUGCAUUCCAAACAUUAACAACCGCGCUUGGUCCACUUCUUUAUCAUGGUGAUCCGAGUCCUCAGACACAAGCCCCUCCGAGAUACAUCCAUGGUACGUCUAUUAUCUUCGCAUGGUUUGUUUCUCAGGGUGACCUUGUUACUGUACUUUCGCAUCCUCCACCCCUUCUCUUUCACCCUUCGGGGCAAUCGUUUUAUCAACUAUAUGAAGAGCCUAUCAUCAAGGGCAAGAUUGGGAACCGGCCAGUUGGAAGGAUUGACACGGCUCAUCCAGUCAUCGAGGUAGCGAUCGAUUUCAUAUAUCAGAUAUGGCCACAUAAUGACUCGUCGCUUUGGAUAAAGAAAUUUGGGAUCCUGGAUAUCGAGUUGCCAUGGCGCAAAACCAAGUUACCUAAAUGUAGUGCGCAGGUAAACGUUCUUCAGCCAGGAGCGACCGUCAGGCCAACAUCACCACUGACUUCGAACAGAGCAAAGGCUAUAAAGCCUUCUAACAAGUCAGUGACGGAUACAAAGAACAUGACGGUAAAAGAAGGAGGACAGAAAACGAAGAAGGCGUUGAGGGCAAAAGCGAAGCAAGAGAAAAAGCCGGUAGCCAAGGAGUCAUUAAAAUAUGAGACUUCUAGGGGCGAACAGCUGUUGGGCAAACUCGCAGGGAAGCAAAGUGUUGGGAAGAACGAGACGAUGAAAACAAGGAAGAAGAAAAAGAAACAGAAAAGGAAACAUGAAGUGGCAUGCCAAAAAGCCCAAGCUCAGAUCAACAUCAAGCAGGGGCAGAAGAAAACAGUGACAAUGGUGAUCCCCAAAGGUAGGAAAAAGGCAGCAAAGGCUGGGGCGAAAGUCAAGUCUGUAGGGAAGAACAGUAAGUAAUUAGAUUAUUAUUACAGCUUUUGCACCUAUAUGAAUUCCUUGUUUUGGC